AUGUCUACUUUCUCCAAGCAACACACCCUAAAGCACUUACCUAUCCCCCUGCUCGAGAAAACCUGUGAAAACUACCUCAAUGUCUUGCAACCUUUGGAAACUGAGCGGGAGCACGAGAAAACCAAAGAAGCAGUGAAGCGGUUUUUGGAAGAUGGCAGUGGCGCUUUUUUGGAUGCAGAGUUGAGGAAGUACGCCAAAAACAGGGCCUCAUACAUUGAGCAGUUUUGGUACGAUUCCUACUUGAACUAUGAUUCUCCUGUGGUGCUCAACUUGAACCCGUUUUUCUUAUUGGAGGAUGACCCUUUCAACAAUGAAACCACUUGCGUCAAUCCACAGGUGAAGAGAGCUGCCUCCUUGACGCUUUCCUCGUUGAAGUUCAUUCGUGUUUUGAGAAAUGAAACAUUGCCGGCUGACACCCUCAAGAACGGCCAGCCUCUUUGCAUGUACCAGUACAAGAAGCUCUUUGGGUCAGCCAGAAUCCCCACCGAGGACGGAUGUGUGAUGCAGUCAGACGAAAACUCCAACCACAUUGUCGUGAUGAGCAAGUCGCAGUUCUACUGGUUCGACGUUUUGGAUACCGACAACAACUUGCUCUUGUCGGAGCAGGACUUGAUCAUCAACUUCACCUCAAUCAUUCAAGAUUCACUCCAGACACCCACAAAUGAGAUUGCCAAGUCCUCGUUUGGAGUUCUCACUACAGAGAACAGAAGAGUUUGGGCUAGAAUUAGACACUCUCCCACAAUCUUGGAGAACCCAAACAAUAGUGAGAUUUUGUCUAUAGUGGACUCUGCGCUCUUUGUGAUUUGUCUUGACGACUUGGUGCUCCUGGACUUGAGCGACUUGGCCAAGAACAUGUUGUGUGGGUUGUCCAUUGUUGACAACGGUGUUCAGGUUGGUACUUGUACGAACAGAUGGUAUGAUAAACUUCAGAUCAUCAUCACGCAAAACGGCAAAGCUGGUAUCAAUUUUGAACAUACGGGUGUAGAUGGCCAUACGGUGUUGAGAUACGUGUCAGACAUAUACACCGAUUCCAUCUUGUCCUUUGCUAAGUCUAUCAACACCAAUGCUCCUUCUUUGUGGACUGAAACCUCUAUGUCAGAUUCAAUCUCCAGUGAAGGCGGACGUACGGAUUUGGUGACAAUACCAAGAAAGCUUGAGUGGGACUUGACCCCCGAUUUGUCGCUUGCUUUACGUUUUGGUGAGACGAGAUUGUCUGACUUGAUCAAUCAGAACGAGUUCAAGCACUUAGAGUUCAAGAGCUAUGGCUCCUCUACCAUCAAAAAGAUGAAAUACUCGCCUGAUGCCUUCGUUCAAAUGGCGUUUCAGGCAACAUAUUAUGCCUUGUAUGGUAGAGUGGAGUGUACUUACGAACCUGCCAUGACUAAGCAGUUCUACCAUGGAAGAACCGAGGCUGUCAGAACAGUGAGCCCUGAGUCGAAUCUUUUUGUUCGUAAGUUCUUUGAUCCUAACAUGCCAGAUGCGGAAAAGUUGAAAUUCCUCUCAGAAGCCUGCAAAAAGCACUCUGAACAGACCAAGAGAUGCAGCGUAGGCGAGGGAGUAGACAGACACUUAUUCGCCCUCUUCUGCAUCUGGAGACGCUACGUAAGCGGAGAGCUUAAUAGUGAUUUCGAAGCUACGAACAUGCAAGAAGACGAUACUGUGGUCUGUGACCAGCGGAGUGAAUCGUCUGAGCAUACCGUGGGAGGAAACAACGAGCCAAAUUUGAAAAGCGACUUGACAAGUUUGCCUGCUAUCUUCGCGGACAGUGGCUGGGACAAGUUAAAUAAUACGAUUCUUUCCACGUCAAACUGCGGUAACCCGUCGUUGAGACUUUUUGGAUUUGGGCCAGUAAGUGCCAACGGGUUUGGCAUUGGCUAUAUCAUCAAGGAUGACUCCAUCUCCAUUUGUGCAUCGUCCAAACACAGACAGACCAGUCGUUUCCUCGUCACAUUGGAUUCCUAUCUCGAUGAAGUAUAUCGAAUUUACAAGGAGGUCAACGAAUCUGCUGAAGUUCAUGCUCCUAUAGACACUAAGAUUAGCGAGGAAGCACCGGUGAUGGCGAAGAACAUCGUCAAGCAACCAGUUGCAGUGAAAGACUCGUUGAGUACGUUGUUAGGUGGUUAUGGUUACUUUGACAUGGGAGAAGAAGACAUCAAGUCGAGAGGUCAAUCCCCAGAGCCACCAUUCAUGCAUCGUAUGGAAAGUGGGUUCUCUAUUCGUGACAUUGAGAGAAAAUUGCGGUUAUCGGAGUACUGA